UGACGCUAUAAUGAACAAAGAACCAAUAAUAUGAUAACAUCUGUGAAAAACUUCACUAGUACACCAGUUUCUACAGAAGUUGUGUCAUCAACUUCGCAACCAGAAAAAGUAAGUGCACGAAAAUUACUGGAUUAUGAUAAUGUCACGUUUGACGCAACAACAUCAAAACCCGAACUAAAUAAUAGUGAAAUACACGCCGACAAUGUAUUAUACCAGGGAGACAAAGCUAAUGAGAACUUAGAGAGUGAAUUAAAAAAUAAAACUGAAGGCCCACCACCGGUCAGUGAUGAUACUCUAGCCAAAGAAGGUACUACAGCGAAUCAGAGCACCUUAGACAUACCACCUGCGACCGUAGAUCCCAACAAUGAUAUGUCAUUUAGAAAAGCACUUAAUAUGUCGGAACCUGUAACGAAAGAGAACAACGAAAAUUUAAAUGAUAUAUCGAACGAGAAAAAAGCACCAACAGAUUACUUUCCACAUUACUUAGAUGCAAAAAUCGAAAACCUUUUACACGAAGACCCCGAUAACUUUAUUAAAUUACUAUCUGAGAAUGCAGAAAACAUUAAGAGAGAUUUGACCGAAAAAGAAAUGAUGUCCUUGGAAAAACCAGAUGCUAGUAAACCCGACAGUCCCGAAUUACAGUCAGAAGUACAAAGGUUAGUUAGAAAGAUUCUCGUGUUGAAGUCGUUUAGUCGGAACCACUAUGAAUCAGGAGAAAAAUCAUUAUCAAACGAGUAUGAUAAAAAAUCAAGUGAAAUAAGCUUCAGAAAAUUUCCAAGUACUACAAUUGUUCAGUCAAAUCCACCACAUUCCUACAACAGCCCAGUUUCAAAUACUUAUUAUAUGAAGGAAAAUUACGUUCCUGUUCCUGUGGCAAAUCCAAUAAUCAAUCCUGUGCCUACGUUGCCAGUGGCAAAUAAUCUACAUAUUCAUUAUGGUGCAAACGCUUUAUGGAACAACAAUUUAGCGGCGAUGUCGAGAACGCAUAAAAUAGCACAUAUCAGUCAUCUGACUCGUCUAAUUGACAAUUUGAUGGGAAGAGUUUUGUACCCUCCAUUAUUUAAUGUUUACUAUUAAGAUGAGGUAAAAAAUUUACACUGUUUCAAGUGCAUUAAUUUACAUAAUUAGUCAGUGCUUUGAUAAUGCAAGAUCAGUCAGAAACAGCUAGUUAGUGAAGUUGGGAUUCCAAAACACAAAGAAGCCAUCCGCAAUUCGCAGUCUAACUAGCGGGUAGUGCAGCGGACAAACACGAUCAAACCGAAGUCCAAACUGCGCUCAAAGAUCUAGUUAGCAGCGGGAUGACUCUUCGGCUAAUUGUCGUGUUUGCUGUUUGUUGUUGUGGUUAAGGACAUGAGGAUUUACAAAUGUACUCGCGUUCUGAUUUCUGCCUUUAUACAAUCACGAAUUUAAGAGUUAUUUUGUAAUUACUAUUUGUAAGUAAACAGACAUGAAAAUAUUAAAAAGUAUAUAUUUUGAAUUCCCAAUUGAAAUCAAUAAUAAGUAAGACGAUUUAGUGCAUUAUUUAAUUCACCGUGUGGGAAUAUUAGAAUUGACUUCACCACCGAAAACAAUGUUUUAAUUUCACGUCCAAAUUAAUUAGUGUAGUGUUACUGUACUGAAGAAGCAACUAGCAUGUCUGCGAUGUACAAUCUCGGAGCAUACAGCUGUUGUUGUUGAGUUAUGGAGUCGGCGGGAUGUUGGUACGUCACAUUUCGUGAUAUUGCAAUCUUCACUCUUCACUUACACUGCAACAGAACAAAGCUAUUUCUUAUUUUCAUAUUUUGUUUUGCUCUUUUAAAUUUUGUUCAUACUUUCUUCAAUGUGGUCCUGAUGAAAUUUGAGAACCCGAACACGUUUUGGACAUUAGACGACUGCUGAAAGCAACGAAAUUCUAUGUUCUGUACAGGAACCUGUAAAAAGUAAAAAUAUCAAUAACUUUAGAUUAACUAAACACUUAUUAAAUUUCAAAGAAAACUUUAAAGAAAUUGUCUUUCAAGUCACCUUAUAAGAUACUGGUGUAUUUUGUCGCUAUAGAUUUAUUAUAUGCCACUAAGAAA